AUGACAACUGAUGAUCACUUAAUAGUUGAGUGUUUACAAUUAGCAAAUACAUUCACAGAAUAUAUAAAUUAUGCUGAAAAACUUUUAACUUCAAAGUGCAUACCAAAUAUCGAAGAGAAUAUUUCGAAUAACUUAAAAGCAAUGAUACAUAAAAAUCAUUUUGAAUUAACACUUGAAGAUAUUCUAAUUUUAUUCAAAGCAUUGAAAACAGAUUCUACAGAUGAUUUACGUAAUAUUUUAGAACAAUCUGAAGAAUUACCCUCAUAUAUUGAGUAUUAUUUGAAGAUGUUACGAAUUACUGAUAAGAAUCAAUUACGUUUACUAUACCAAGUAUUCAAUGAAUACUACAAUCCAUAUCUACUACAGAUAUGGCUAUAUGUGCAACAAUUCCGUGGCCAACAACCAUCAAUGGAAAUAUUAUUAAACAAUGCAUGUAAGGAAAUGGAAGAAAAAUCAAAAAUUAAAGAAAAAGUUCAAACAUGUUUAAAAAUGUACUGUGAAAAAGCAAAUGACAUUCAACAAUACCAAUCAGCAAUAGAUAAUUUAACACAACAAUUAACAACUGGUGUUAUUAAACGCAUCCAAAUACCUAAUGAGAUCUCUAGAUUAGUGCCAUUUGCUGAUGUGUUAAAUCCAUACAAUUUAUCAAAGACAUGGCUAUCGUUUCGGCAGAAUCAACAAAACAGUUUUAAUAAAAGUUCAACAACAGCAACAGAAAAAUCUGAAAAAAUUUCGGAUAGUGAACAGCUUCACGAACAAAAACAUUCAUCCAUUGCUUCUAACAAUCAAACUCAACGGCCUCGAAAGUUAUCCCAGGGAAACUCAGUGGAUGAACCGGUGAAUGUUGAAAAACAACAGCCAUCUACAGAGAUACCAAUCAAUUCUUGUCUCGAUAUUUUGCAAAACACAUGUGAUUUAUUCCAACAUUUUACGAAACAUCUUCAAUCGAUUUCAAAACAAUGGAAAACUAUUCCAAUUCAAACAAUAAUUAUGACUUUCAAAGAUAUUAAUUUGAUUGAAAAUGAAAUGCAAUUAUUAACUAGUCUUUUAGAACCAAAUGCAAUUGCACCUUUAACUUGUAUUCUUGAUUAUUGGAGUAAAAAAGAUUAUAUUCAUAAAUGGUGUGAAGGAAUGGAUCGUUUAAUACAAUUGUAUAAUUUAUCAGAUGAUUAUAAAUUUUUAUCCUUAUUAGGUAAAACGACUGAAGCUACAAACGGAAAUAUGUGCUAUAACAAUUAUCAACAAUUUAACGAAAGAAUUAUUAAAAAGUACUCUCAAGAAGUGCUAGAUGUUUGUUCACAUUAUAACGAUUCAGAAGAACUUGUUAAGUUUGUUACAAAACUAAACCAAACUGAUAUGGAUAAUUUAUUAGAAGCAGUUAAUGAUUGGGAUGAAUCAUUCAUUACAACACAAACGAUUAUUGAUUUUGUUCAAUUAGGAUACUUUCUUACCAAUAUUAAUAAUUAUAGUAACAUCCAUGAACAAGCAUCAAAAACACUAAAUGAUAUUUUAUCAUAUAUAAACACAUUAUUAAAACAAAAAGAAUAUGCAGAUAUAAUCAGUUAUUUUCAAACAUGUUUAUCUGCAUUGCCUGGUAUUCAACGAUUAUAUUUACAAUUGAAUGAUAUAGAAGAAUCGAAACGUACAAAAAUAUUUCAUAUUAUUAAUAAUGCAUCAUUGAAAAUUAUUGAAAAAUAUCAGCAACAUCCUCAACAGGAUAACACAAAGAAAUAUGAUGUUUGUGUGAAACCAGAUAAAGGUGGACAAUUUAAUUAUUAUAAUUUACAUGAAUUACGGGAUAGAGCAAGAUUAAUAGAAUAUUCUGGCAAUGAAAAAAAUGUACCACGAAAAUAUACAAAAGAUGAGGAAAAACAGUUUCUACGAUGUUUCGUGUCAUUGGUUGAUGUUAUUGAAAAUGUAUUGGACAAUUUAAAUCAUUUGAAUGCUAUGGGUUAUCCAACAAUUGAAAAAUACUCAGAAAACGUAUAUAAAUGUGUUGAAUGCGAUUUUUCAGAAUUAAGUCAAUUGAAUGUGUCAUUGAAAAACAUAGUUAAACUAUGGGAAGGAAAUUUAAUUGACCUAUACAAACGUUAUCCUGAGUUAACUUAUCUAUCAGGAAAACAAUUUUGGACUGUUGAAAAGGCUUUACAAAAUUAUAAAGAAUUGAAAUCACAAGAUCAAGGUUAUCAUUUAUUAAAAUACAUCGAAAUUGAAAAUUUAGUUUCAACGAAAUUUAUUAUAAAUGAAAAUUUAAAACCUGAAGAACGAUUAGAAAAUCUUGGAAAAUUUUUAAAUGAGCAACGUAGAAGUGUAAUCAAAUCGUCAUUAGUAUCUGAACAAUCAAUCUCUACAGACAGGCAAGGAGGAAAAAUUUUCAUAACUGAAACAUCAAUUGAAGGUAGAUAUCGAGCGAUUUUAUCUUUAUUUCAUCAUGAUAAUAGCGAUCCUGCAGUAAAUCAAAUAUUAUUUUGUACAACAGAAACAAACUGGAUAGAUGUUCGAGCUUUUAUUUAUCGUUGUUUUUAUUCAUCAUCUAAUUUAUAUCAAUUCAUUGAACCUGAACAAUUGGAAUUUAAUGUACAAGAUAAAUGUUGUCAAUUGAUCAUUAAGUUAAUUGAACAUGAUCCAUCAAAUAAAUUUAAAUUAAGUAUUGUAACAACUGACAUUCAAACUCAUCUAAUUAAUGGAAUAUUACGCAUGAAUAUAGCUAAAAUUGUACGUGAUAACGAAUUAUUAAAUGAAGGUGACUUAAACAAAUAUGUCAAAAACCUAGUGAAAAAUUGUCAUAUUGUGUCAUCAAAAAUAGCAGGUUUAGGUAAAACGACAUUCAUUCAAAAUCAUGCACAAAAAUCUAAUCGAAACUUGAUUAAAUUUCCUAUUAUGGGUGAUUCGAGUUUUGAUCAAAUUGGUGCACGAUUAUUAUUAAUUGGUAUGCCAAAUGCAAUUCAUUUUGAUGUUGGUUCAAUAGAAAAUAUCAAUUUAUUGAAUUCAAUUCUCUUUUGUUUAUGUUUAUUUCGUAGUUACUGUUUUUCACAAACAGUUAUCUAUUUACCAAUAAAUACAUUAUUUUAUUUUGAAUUAGAAUCAUCAUCAUUUUUCCAAUUAAAUCAAGAUAUAUAUAUAUUUCGUUAUUUAGACUCAACAAUAAUCAAUGAAUUUAAUUUAAAUAAUAUUUUGUACGAACAAGCACGUUUACAUUAUGUUACACGUUAUUUAUAUGCUAUUGACAAGAAAAUAAUUAAAGAUAAGGAAAUAGAUGUUGUUCCUGAACAAUCAAUAAAUCAACAUAUUUGUAUUGACUUAAUGAAUAAAUAUUUUAUUCAAAAUAAAGAUAAAAAAUAUUUAUCAUGGACACAAUUGAAAAUAUUUAUUAAUGUAUUUUAUCAUUUAUUCAAUGGAUUUUCAAAGUGUGGAUAUUUUCUUAUUAAUACGCUACAAGAACCACAAUUACGAAUGGAUAUUAUACAAGCAUUUCUUGAUUCUUCAAAUCAAUUUACAUCAAUAUCAGUUAAAUCUGUACGUGAAAAUCAAGUAACAUUGAAGAAUAGUGAACAAAUUAAUGAUCUUUUAAAUAAAUCAAUUGUAAGAUGGGAUACAAUACAACCAUUUACUAUUGUUUUUACACAUUCAAAUGAUCCAUUAUUUGUAUAUAAAACACCCAGAGAUGUUCCAAAGUCAUUACAAUUAUAUUUCCAGGCUCUAUCAAGAAAAAGCAAUCAAUGGUUAGCAAAAGGAACAAAUGAUAUAUUUACUGAUUAUAAUCGUCUAAAUCAUUUGGAUCUUUUCUUUAAAUUAGUUUCAUUAUCGAACAAAUAUUGGAAUAAAGCAAUAUGUGAGCAAUGCUUUAAACAAUAUCCAUAUAAAGAUAGCACAUGUACAGAAUGUAAAUUGUCAUUAAAAAAACCAAAAUCAACGGAAACUAAUGAUAUAAAACAAUUUCAAAAAGAAAUGGGUCAAAUACUGGAACGAGAAUAUGUGAUAACACCUGAUAAUUAUAUCAAAAUGCUAUUAGUAUGGUUGAGAGUUAGUAGUGACGUACCUAUUAUUAUUAUGGGUGAAACAGGUUGUGGUAAAACAGCAUUAAUUAACUUUUUAUGUCAUAAAAUUUUGGAUGAUGAAUUGUAUAUUUUUCAUAUUCAUGCUGGAAUUACAAAUAGAGAUAUAACUGAUACUCUAGAAUAUCAAAUUGUACGAGCUGAUCAACUAGCUAAAAUUGGAAAACAAUUAUGGAUAUUUUUUGAUGAAUUUAACACAACAAAAAAUGUUGGCUUAUUUAAAGAAAUAAUGUGUGAACGAACAUUGUUAGGUAAACAAUUACCGAGCAAUAUGGUUUUCUUGGCUGCAUGUAAUCCUCGUCGACUUAAAGCGGAAAAAAAUCGUUCUGAUGAUAAUAUCGGUAUAAAAAGAGAAAAUUAUGAAAUACAAAAACCUACUUCGGGAGAACAUUUACUGUAUACUGUAGUACCUACACCAGAAACAAUGAUUGAAUACAUAUAUGAUUAUGGUCAUCUUGAUAAUAUUACAGAACGAAAAUAUAUUGAAGCAAUUCUUCGAACAUGUACAAAUUUAGCAAAUGAACAACAAUUAUUCACUACAAUUGUUAAUGGUGUUUGUCAAUCUCAACUUCAUUUAAGAAAUAUUGAAGAUGUUUCUAGUGUCAGUCUACGAGAUGUAUCACGUUAUCGUUUGAUAUAUAAUUGGUAUUACGAUACAUUUGAUAAACGUAAAACUAAUUUGUCCAUAAGAGAUAAAAUAUUUAAAUCAUCUAUUUUAUCAUUAAUGCUAUGCUAUUACUUUCGUUUAAGUUCAUCUGUUGAGAAAACUAAAUACAUAAAUAUGCUUGAAAAAGCAAUGUCAUUUAAUCAAACAAAUGAAAAGAUUAUUGAGCAAAUAUUACAACAAGAACAAGAUGAAUUAAUAAGUCGAAUGAAAGAAAAGCCAACUGGCACAGCAAUUAAUCGUGCUUUACGUGAUAAUUUAUUUGUUAUGUUUGUUUGCAUAUUAAAUCGUAUUCCGGUUAUUUUAUGUGGCAAACCAGGCUGUAGCAAAACAUUAGCUAUUCAAAUAAUAAUAAGUAAUUUAAAAGGAAAAAAAUCGAAUGAUUCGUAUUUUGAACAAUUACCAGAAUUAAUUGCUGUGUCAUAUCAAGGAACAAAAUCAUGUAAAUCAGAAAGUAUUCAAAUGAUAUUUGAACGUGCUAAAAAAUAUAGUGCUGCUAAAACACAAACAGAAUUAUUACCAGUUAUUGUCUUUGAUGAAAUUGGUUUAGCUGAAUUAUCACCAUAUAAUCCACUUAAAGUAUUACAUAAGGAAUUAGAAAUUGAAAAUUGUAAAUAUGGUUUUGUUGCUAUAUCCAAUUGGAGAUUAGAUGCAUCAAAAAUGAAUCGUGCCUUAUAUUUAGCAUGUCCAGAUCCAACAAUUGAAGAUCUUCAAUUGACAGCAAUAACAAUACAUAAAAGUAUAAAUGAAAAUCAAUAUAUGCAAUUAAAUGAUGAUAUUAUGAAUGGUUUAGCACAUUCCUAUCUUGAAUUACGUUAUAAAUUGAAGGAAAAUCCAUCUCAUGAAAAUUAUUUUGGUCUUCGUGAUUUUUAUUCAUUAAUAAAAGGCAUUGUAAAAGAGUUCGAUCGUAUAUCAAAAGAAUUAAAGCAAACCAUUGAUAAUAAAACGUUGUUUGGUAUUAUUCGUAAACAACUAACAAUUAAUUUCGAUGGUAUUGUUGAUGGUUCUGAAUAUAUGUGGAAACGUUUUUGUUAUUAUACAAAACAUGAAGAUUUAAUUAAUCAAUAUGAGUCACCGAAUUUCAAAGAAAUAUUGGACUAUUGUUUAAAAGAUCGUAGUGGUCGUUAUCUCAUGUUGAUUUCUGAUUCUAAUAGUCUUAUUGAUUAUAUUGAAAGAUAUUUGAAUAAAAUUGCAAAUAAUAUUCGAACAUUAAUUGGAAGUCAAAUAAAAGAUGAUCUUAAUAGUGAAACAUAUGAUUAUCGUAUAUUAAUGGAUGUUAUUUUAUACGCUGAAAAACCACUAACAUUAAUAAUGCGAAAAAUGGAUAAAUGUUAUUCAUCAUUAUAUGAUUUAUACAAUCAAAGUUUUUCAAUAUCUGGACAAAAAAAAUAUUGUCGUAUUGCCUUAGGAUCAACAUAUCAUCCAAAAUGUUUAGUUAAUGAUAAAUUUUAUUGUAUUGUAUUAGUUAAUGCUAAAGAUGUUGAAAAAUCAGAUCCACCAUUUCUGAAUCGUUUCGAAAAACAUACAGUUCAAUUCAAAGAUUUAAUUGAACCAUUACAUUUAACAAUAACACAAAAUCUAUUAUUAUGGUUGGAACGUUUAUUAACUAUUAAAAUAGGUACAAAACAUUUUAUACAAUUACAACAUAUAUUUGUUAAUUUCAAUUGUGAUUACGUAUGUAGUCUUGUCAUAGAUGCAUUUGAAUUAGAUCAAAGAGAUCAAGAUAAUGUUAUCAAUCAUUGUAAAAAUAUCUUAAUCGAUGUUGCUUCUUCAGAUUUACCAUUAUUACUAUCAUUACAAAAUGAAAAUGACAAGAAAGAAUAUGCAGAUUUAUGUAAACAAUAUUAUCUGUUAAAAAAGAAUUCAACUCUUGAAAAUCUAUUCAAAAAUAUUUCAUCAAAUAUGAAUCGACAAAUUAUUUAUACUUACACACAGAUUUAUGAUAAUAUUAAUUAUCCAAAAAAUAUCAACAUAAAUAUUGAUGAAGUUAAAUUGGCUAAUUUCAAAACGGAAUUAGAAUUAAUUAAUAAAAUGAAAGUACAUUUUCAAAUGAAUACAACGAUAGAUAAAACAACAACAACGAAUAUAUAUUUGCUAUUAAUUCGUGUCGAUUAUUAUAAUGAUCGUGAUCAUAUCUUAUCAUUAAAACAUAAUAUUGUUAAUCUUUAUAAUGAAUUUAAAAAUAAUCAGUCUAAAUACAUAUGGAUCAUAUUUCAUUUACAACGAAAUGUUCUUAAUCGUAUGUCAAAUGAUAUUUUAUUCAAUGGAUGGUCAAAUAUAAUGAUUGAAAAUCUUAAUGAUAAUGAGCAAAAACAAAUCCUACAAUACAAUGUGUUUCAACAACCAUCAUAUCAGAAUAUAAUCAAUGAAAGAUUAUUUUCUUUACAAUUUUAUGAUCUAUUUGAUAAAUGCUUAUCUCUGUUUCGUUAUAAUAUCACAAAUACUACGAAAAAAAAUGAUAUCAAUAAAAGACGUAAUGAAUUAUUGCAGUAUUUUAAUUACAAUCAACAUAGAGAUUUAAGUGAUAUCAUGAUAAAGAAUAUAGCUUAUCUUAUUGAAAAUGUUAACGAUAAAAGUACUUUUGUUGAUUGGAGAAUUGAUUUAAUUACAAAUAAUACAAUAGCAGCUAAUGCACGUUCAUUUUAUGAUGCAUUUCAAAUGACUAUGACUAACUUUUAUGAAAUGUAUUUUCUAUUAUUAUUUUCAAAUUCAGAAAAGCAAGCACUUAUCGAUAGCUAUUUAUUUAUGACAACAAAAAUUACAAUUGAAGAAAACAAAACAAAAGAACUAUACAAGCAAAUAUGGUAA